AUGUAUGUGAAAUGGUUUGAUACAGUAAUGUUUUACUAUGUGAUUUUAGUGUAUUUAGCGAAUGUCACUUUUUGUCAUUUUCAAAUUUCCCGCCGUUCCGUUCUCAUACUUCCCGACGCUCGCAGGGGACGGAACCCAGAUGACAGAUGCCAGUAUCCGCCGGAUAACAUUGCCGGGGACACUGCAGGAGGGACAUCGCGGGAGCGCAGGACAAGGUAAAUGCAAGAGGGAUCCCGGAGCAGCGCCGCAUGGUAUUCCCGAGUGUAGCUCGGGGGUUACCGCUUGUGCUACACUCGGGAAUACCACCAGGGAGGUUAAG